CCGAGCGCUCCCUUUGCCUCAUUCCUGGGGCUCGGUACAGGGCGCGCUACGUCACCGGUAUUGUGCCGCCCGUCUCUGGGCAACCGGACUCUGGUGGCGGCUGCGGCGGAGUGCGAGCGGUGGCAGGACGGACAGCCCGCUCCAGCCCCGGGCCCACGCCCCGCUCCAGCCCCGGGCCCCCGGCGUACACUCCGCGCCACUUAGCCACGGGUUACCGGUCCCGACCCCGGUUCCCCGCUCAGACCCCCCGGCCCACCAUGGCCUCUUCCAAGGCCGAGCUCCUGCACGCCCCCAGUGUGAACUCUGAAGACCCCGAAGAGAGGAUCGCCGCUCGCCGACUCCGGGUUGCCCAGAGGCAGGAGGAGAAAAGACGGGAAGCCAGAGGUGAAAAUGAAACUGUGGAAGAAGGAGAUGAUGACAAAGAGGAGCUCAGUAAAAGCUGCAAACAGGUUUUGGACUCGUACCAGAGACUGAUGAAGCUAAAAAGAGAUGGGAUGUCAUUGGUCACAAAUGUACAAGUUGCUGAAGACUCAAGGGAGAUGCACAGGAGAAAUAUAGAAAGAGAAGCACUGAAGCAAAGGACUGCAAAAUUGGAGAACGAAGCCAUCAUCAGUGAGGAAAAGUUUGAGGUCAUCACAAAGAAAUGGUUAUCAGCAAAGGCUCAUAAGAUUCCUCAGGAUUUACGUGACCUUCUCAUCAAACAGCAACAGCUAUGUGCUCAAUUAAUCGAAGGAAAAAACAAUCUCAUUACUACUUUGCAGAAGGAGCUAAAGUUGAGUGAUGAUCGUUAUGUAAAGGAUCUGAAGAAAUCAGCUGAAGACAUUGACUUAUUGUUGGAACGUAUGGAAGAACAAAUAAAGACCUUAACCAAGUCCUAUAGAAUGGAACUGAAGGAGAUAGAGAAAGUCUUUCAGCUGGAACGUCAUGAACUAAUGAAAAAAAAUCUGUUGAUGUGGGAAAAGAAAAUGCAGAUGCGAAGAGACAAAGAGAUUGAGUACCUUGUUAUCAGAAUGGAGAAAGUGGAGGAGUAUGAGGAUCAACUUCAGCAGGUGCGGGUUCAAGACGCAGAGGAAUACAAUAUGAUCAAAAUGAAGUUACAGACUGAUGUAGAGAUUCUAGAGCAGCAGCUGGAGCAGAUGAAAGCUACGUAUCAACUAAAUCAAGAGAAACUUGAAUAUAACUUUCAGGUGUUGAAGAAACGUGAUGAGGAGAACACAAUCACCAAAUCGCAACAGAAGAGGAAGAUUACAAGAUUACAUGAUGUUCUGAAUAGACUUUUGGCAAAAUUGGCGAAACAAGAGAAAAUGUAUCGAGAAGAGAACCAGGCCCUAACUGACCAGUACAAGAGAACUGUGGAACUAUACAAGGACCUUCAGAAGAAAAUGAGGCAUUUUGCUACAGUCGAUGCAAAAAAGUUUGAAGACAUUUGGCUUAUGAAUGAGGAAGAGGCAAAGGAUCUAGUCAGAAAGGCCCUUGAUGCUGAUCGGAUAAUUCACACUCAACAGCUCGGCUUGAGCUGGACAAUGCCGGAACUAUGUUUCAUGGAAAAUGUUGGACCAAUUGUAUCUUGCGCCAGGAAGAAAAAGUCAGCUGUCCAGCUGGCGGAAGAAGUUAUUCUAGGAGACAAGCAGCCAUGGGAUUUACAGGAAGGAGCAGGAAAAGGAGAGAUGUCAAAUGCCAUUUUCCAAAACAUUUGUUAUUCAGCUAGCGAGGACAAGGCAUUGGCACUGUGUGGUGGAAAACCUGGAGAGAUUUCAUUGAAAACAGUAAAAACAUUGUUGGAAGUCUUGUGUGAUGAAACUGGGUUCUUGAUUGAAAGCAAGCUUCUUAAAAUUCUUGGUUCCCUCAAGCAAGAGGAAGGAUCACUAAUUAAACUGGAUGCCAUAUUUGCUGCUUUGGGAAUUGAAAAUGAAGACGAUAUCAUCAAGCUGACAGAGUUUUUUAUAAAGAAUUGUGAAACAUCUAAAUAUGAAUUGGAUAAGGAGACGGACAUAUUGUUGCAGCAGCUUGAUGAAGAGGUAGUAGCAGAAAUACAAGCUGAUCAAGAAGUAGAAGUAUGCAUAACUGAAGAUGAAGAGCAAAAGACCAAAGCUUGUGUAGAUUUGCUAUCCCAGCAGCGGUUACAACUUGUUCACCCCAAUGACAUUCUCAGAACUUUAAGACUUUUCCUUGAGGACAAUCAGCAAGCAAGGGAUAAAGUGCAGGCCAAAACAUCCACUGAGAAGGAGAGAAAUAGCUCUCAAGAUAGCGCAUACUGGAAUGCCAUGGCAAAGGUAAUCUCUGAGAACAAAUUGAAGGUCUGGAAUUGUCUCGAGGAUGCAUUGGGCAAAUACUUCCAAAUAUUGGUCAAAAGAGCAAACUUAAACAAUGAGAAGUGCACCCUUGCUCAGCAAAAUGCAGAGUUCAGGUUAUUAUUGCAGCAGUACAUGCAUUCUAUGGUGAACAAUGAGCUUGAGAUUCCACCAACACAACUGAUGCAAUUUAAUUUUGAGCAGAGAUAAACCAUUAACAUAGAAGAACUUACAGCAUGCACAAUUCGCCCUGAAGAUGAGCAAUCGGUGAUUUAUUGGCGUUUUCAGUGGACUUCACAUGUGCUAUGGAAUGCAUUUUCCACCCCUCUAUUAAGGACAAUAUGAGUUGUAGCCCUUUAAGACUAAUAGAUGGUUAUUGGUUAGAAAUAAAUAGUUUUAAAUCAUUCCUCCAGUGCUAAUUCUUUAUCUUAAUAUUUUUGUAACUGUUAGUAAUCUAUUUCUAUGUGUAAUUUGGUAAUAUAACUGGCAAACUAAUUGUCAAAUAUGAUUCAUGAGAAAUGUUAAAAUGAAGCUGAAUUUUAAUCACUUUUCUGUUGUGAUUGAUGGUUUCUGGUUAGUGAUAAAGAGCAGCAAGUCAACUGAGAGACACGAGCCCAUAAAUCACAUCCCAUGAACAGUUCCUGUACCCUUCUAAACGUGUCUGCAAACAGAGGCAUGCUGCUUGAAAGAAUUGCUUCUUGUGCUGUUGACUGAAGUUGAAAUCAGCAUUUGGUAAUUGGAGAUGUGAUGUUAACAAAGAGUUAAUUUGUAUAAGUGACUUGUGCAAUUCCAUGAUAAUCAUUCACAGAAACUAUAAAUGAUGAGAGUCUGGCCUCUUGUCAGAAACUUGGUCAAGAGAAAGAUGGUUUUGCAUUUGUAGUUCUGGUUGCCUGCUGGCCGCUCAUUGAGCAUUGAUAUAUAAUGUUGUAAAUACUUAGCAGAAUAUGACAGCACAGUUGUUGAGUUGUGGCGGGGGGAAAGCUGGAAAUAGGCAAAGAGCAUCUAAACAAGCAAAAUAUUCAGUUUUGAGUUUUUGAUGGUCAUGGUGUGGUAAAAUAAAUCAAGAAUGUCUGAUCUGUUGCAUCUUUCACUAGAAAAUAAAGCAGAAAUAGACAUGAUUGUAAAGUCUCAUGCAGAAUUGAAUAAGAUCAUGGCUGAUGUUUCACCUUGGGACAAGUUACCUGUCUGAACAUUACAUGCUUGAAUUUCUUACUGAUCCAAAAAAUCUUCAAUGUUAGCCUUCCUUCCUCUUCCACCCCUUUUCAGAAAAUGUGAUCCAUGCAACUACACUAUGAAGCGAGGAUCUUUCU